GUUUAAAGGUUAUCGGCAAAUAUAAAACGUUAAAGGCUAUCAAAGGAGCGUUAACCAAUUUGACCUUUGGCGUUAUAAAUAUUAAGAGUUAACAAAUAGAUUUAUUAAUCUCAGUUGAUUGCCCCCCCUUGUGAGUGAAAGAAACCCUGUGGAAAUUUUUUAAUUUAGAAAUAUGAGUGCAACAGGUGGAAAUAUCGCCCUUCUCUCUGUCUCGGACAAAAGAGGCCUACUAGAACUAGGCAAACAGCUACAAAGUUUAGGUUUCAACUUGGUGGCAAGCGGUGGCACCGCCAAAUCCCUAAGGGACUCCGGUCUUCCCGUCAGGGAUGUUUCGGAUAUUUCACAUGCUCCAGAAAUUUUAGGGGGGCGCGUUAAGACUUUGCAUCCGGCAGUACACGGUGGCAUCCUGUCCAGACUGAUCCCCUCGGAUCAAGAGGAUCUGAAGAAGCAAAACAUCGAAAUGAUCAGGAUUGUGGUGUGCAACUUGUACCCUUUUGUCCAGACAGUGGCCAAACCGGACGUCACUGUUGCUGAUGCCGUGGAGAAUAUUGAUAUUGGUGGUGUCACACUGCUUAGGGCUGCAGCUAAGAACCAUGAAAGGGUCACAAUAAUCUGUGACCCUAAUGAUUAUGAAAAGGUUAUUAAUGAGAUUAAAAGUAGCCCCAAUAAGGACACCCUUUUACAAACCAGGCAAAGUUUGGCCCUAAAGGCUUUCACGCACACCUCCGAGUAUGACCUGGCCAUAAGCGACUAUUUCAGGAAACAGUAUUCAGCCAAUGUCUCUCAACUCACUUUAAGAUAUGGUAUGAAUCCCCAUCAGAAACCUGCCCAAAUAUUCACCACCCUACCAAAACUACCCCUGGAUGUCUUAAAUGGAUCUCCAGGCUUUAUUAAUUUAUGUGACGCCUUAAACGGUUGGCAGCUGGUUAAAGAGUUGAAGAACGCUUUAGGUUUGCCUGCUGCAACCAGUUUUAAGCAUGUGUCACCUGCUGGGGCUGCAGUUGGCACCCAGUUAACCCAAGAGGAGGCAAAACUUUGUAUGGUGGACGACCUCCUCGAAAUCCUAACUCCGAUUGCUUCGGCUUAUGCGAAAGCGCGUGGUUCAGACCGCAUGUCCUCUUUCGGGGACUUCGUGGCCCUUUCUGACGUUUGCGACGAAGUUACCGCCAAAAUAAUCUCGCGAGAGGUUUCGGACGGUAUCAUCGCCCCAGGGUACACACCGGAAGCCCUCGGUUUAUUAGCCAAAAAGAAGAACGGAGCUUAUUGUGUGCUACAGAUUGAUCCUAGCUAUGAACCCGAUCAUAUGGAGCGUAAAGUUUUAUUUGGGCUGACGUUGGAACAAAAAAGGAAUGAUGCCGUAAUAGAUGCCGGUUUAUUUAAGAAUAUCGUCACGAGUAAUAAGAAUUUACCCGAAGAGGCAGUUAGGGAUUUAAUAGUGGCCACUAUUGCGUUGAAAUACACCCAAAGUAACUCGGUUUGUUAUGCGAAAGAUGGACAAACUAUCGGUAUUGGGGCCGGACAACAGAGCAGGAUUCACUGCACCAGGUUGGCAGGAGAGAAGGCCGACAAUUGGUGGCUGAGACGACACCCGAAAGUAUUGGCGAUGAAAUUCAAAAAGGGAGUAAAAAGGGCGGAAAUCUCGAACGCUAUCGAUAAUUACGUGAACGGAACGGUGGGUAAAGACAUGGACCUGCAGGUGUUCAAUUCGAUGUUCGAUGACGUUCCUGCAGCUUUAACGGAGGCGGAGAAGCGCGAUUGGCUAAACCGGAACGCGGGAGUGGCGUUGGCUUCGGACGCCUUUUUCCCAUUUAGGGAUAACAUCGAUAGGGCCAGACUGAGUGGCGUUUCUUAUGUGGGUAGUCCGGCGGGGUCUAAGAACGACGAUGAAGUCGUCCAGGCUUGCAAUGAGCAUAAAAUCGUGAUGGCUCAUACCAACUUGAGGCUCUUCCAUCAUUGAUUUUGUUUUUAAAAUAUUAUAAGUAUAAAAUACUGUUGACAGUUAUGGUAUUAUUAAAUUUUUUUUAUAUUAA